GUGGGAGUACGUCAUGCACGUAUGUGUCUGUGUCAUGUUUUGUGAUCCACGUCACCUAUUAAAAAAACUACAUUUCUGGUUACAUUUUAAAAACAGUAUAAUAAUGCAUUUACCGAAGUGAUACAUUUUUUAGAUUUAUGAAACGGAAAGCAAGAAUGAAAGUGAGAAAUGGAUACACUGUACAAUCAGACAAACUUGCUGAUUCAGCAAACACAAUACAGCUUCCAGUCAUUAGAAGGUAGCUCAAAGAAUGCAGUGGAAAUUGAAAAGGAAAUUCAGGAUAAAAUCAACUUGAUCAACAAGUAAGCAAGCUAAUGUUAUGUUGCAUAGUUCACUCUCACAAUAGAUCAUUACCUUUAAACUUAAAGUCGUUGUAAGAGUAACUCAAACAAAAUAAUCAUAACAUUGUUUUAUACAGCAACUGCAUGAAACUAGACCUGUAUGUAAUGAAAAUACCUGUAGACCAACGCCCUAGUGCCAAAAUGCGAUGUGACCAGUUAAAAUAUGAUGCUAAGCAUUUACAGGCAGCUCUUACAGCAUGUCAACAAAAGAGAGCUAGACGUGAGCAAGCUACUUCAGAACGUGAUCAGCUGUUGAGCAGACGAUUCACCGCCAAUCCUGACGUAACAGCCAUCAACAUUGACUACAGUCUGCAACACCAGACUUCACUACAUAAUGCAAACAGGGGUGUUGAUGAAAUGUUGCACACGGGUGCAAAUGCGUUGGACAGCCUCAGGUCACAGAGGAAUACACUGAAAGGAGCACAAAGACGGAUUAUGGAUAUGGCAAAUACACUAGGGCUGAGUAACCAUACUAUGAAGCUGAUAGAAAAACGGGCCAAAGAAGAUAAGGUGAUACUGUUGUUAGGCGUUGCUAUUACACUCAUUGUUAUUGUGUUGGUCAUUAUUUAUUUUACAUGAUUAAGCUUAAAUAUAUAUGUUCACAUUCCUAAUAUAUUGUAUGUAUAUUUUCAUUAUGAAACAACUAUGAAGUCAGAGCCUAAAUAUCAAAAUACCGCGACUGCUAAAAAGAUGUUAUUUUCCAUAUAUUAGAAAAUAACAAGCCUGAUGGGUUUCUUUAGCAGCCACUGAUUAUCUGACAACGUGAGGAACAUUAUUAAGGAAGGCUAUACUUUUUUCGCUCCCAUACUGGAAAUAAUUUGUUUCAUCGUGUUUUUGGUUUUAUUCCUACAAAUACGUGGAAUGAAGAAAAAAUACACGGUAAAACAAUAAUUUUAUAUUAACUUUAUCUUUUUAAAAGCACACAUUUUACAUAAAAUAGAAUUCUACCGAUAAAAAUAAUUACAAUGUAUGUAUAGUAAUAAUAGAUGCCAUCUAAUCUUUGCUAAGCAAAAUGUGAG